AGAGAGAGAGAGAGAGAGAAAGAGAGAUGAAGCCAAUAACUCUCCGUGGCAAGCCUCAAAAAAAAAUGUCAUAACCAACUCCUUUCAAGUCAUUGAAUACAGUACACAUAGCGUAAGCACCCACUCUCUGCAACAAUUAAAAGUCUCAACAAAUUUCAUCUACACUUAUUUUAAUUAGCUUCUCCCUUUAACCAGCGUCACAGGGAAUCAUCAUUCAUACCGGCUUCACCAACCACCUACAGACUUGCAUAUAAUACAAUAUUAUAUAUAAAGGGUACAUGCAACUUCAGAGUUAGGGUAUACUAAAAAUGGAUAGUGAGACCAUGUUCCGGUUCUUGUUAGUUCAUCUGCUACUGCAAAUCCUUCAGGUAAAUGCAAAAGUUUCGGCCAUUAUUGUGUUCGGAGACUCUUCGGUGGAUUCAGGCAACAAUGACUACAUACCUACAGUACUAAAAAGCAAUUUUGCACCUUAUGGUCGGGAUUUCAAUGGUGGCAAACCCACUGGAAGGUUCUCCAAUGGUCGGAUUCCAACAGACUUCAUUUCUGAAGCUUUCGGGCUCAAGCCAACGGUACCUGCAUAUCUGGAUCCGACGUAUGACAUACAAGAUUUUGCCGUGGGAGUUUGCUUCGCUUCUGCAGGAACUGGUUAUGAUAAUGCUACUUCAGAUGUGCUAUCUGUAAUACCUCUUUGGAAGGAGUUGGAGUACUAUAAAGAAUACCAGAAGAAACUUAGUGGCUAUCUAGGACAUGAAAAAGCUAAUGAGCAUCUAAGGGAAGCACUCUACCUGAUGAGCAUCGGAACAAAUGACUUUCUAGAAAAUUACUACAUCCUUCCAGGAAGAUCAUCAGAGUUUUCUGUGAGGGAGUACCAGAAUUUUCUUGUAGGAAUUGCUAGAGAUUUUAUCACAGAGCUUCAUCUUCUAGGAGCUAGAAAGAUAUCAGUAAGUGGGCUUCCUCCAAUGGGGUGCUUGCCUUUGGAAAGAACAACAAAUAUAUUUUUUGGAAGUCAGUGCAUUGAAGAAUACAACAAUGUGGCCAAGGAUUUCAAUGAGAAGUUGAAUGGCAUGCUCAUUGAGCUGAAUAAGAAUCUUGAUGGGAUCAAACUGGUGCUUUCAAACCCUUAUGAUAUUCUCUCAAAGAUUAUUGAGAAUCCAAGUUCUUUUGGGUUCGAUAAUGCAGCAGAAGCAUGCUGUGGAACUGGACUAUUUGAGAUGGGUUACAUGUGCAAUAAAAGAAACCCCUUCACAUGCUCAGAUGCAAAUAAAUAUGUAUUUUGGGAUUCCUUCCACCCUACAGAGAAGACAAAUCAAAUUGUUGCUGAUUAUGUAGUAAAAAAUUGCUUAACUCAGUUUCUAUAAUGAUGACAAAGAAUAUUGUUGUUAGCUCAA